AUGCCUCGCAAGAAGGUGAACCUCCAGUACAUCCCCAACAACUCCACCCGACGUGCCACCUUCCAGAAGCGUAGCAAUGGCAUGAUGAAGAAGGCAGGUGAGUUGGCCACCUUGUGCGAUGCUAAGGCCUGCGUUCUUAUCUACGGUGAGGGUGAGUUGGUGCCACAUGUGUACCCGCCAUCCCACGAUGAGGCAGUGGGCAUCCUAAACCGGUUCAAGGACAUGCCAGAACAUAAUCAGUGCAAGAAGACGAUGGAUCAGGAGUCCUUCCUUAUCCAGCGCAUUGCCAAGCUUCAGAACCAGAUCCAGAAGUCUAGGAGCGACUGCGAAGAUUAUGAGAUUAGGAUCCUCCUGCACAAGGUCAUGACGGGGAACUUCCCAGGCCUCAUGGGGCUAUCCAUUGAGGAUCUAACAAAACUUGACUUGAAGGUGCGUGCUCUCCUCAAGAGCAUUGGCGAACGCAUCGCAAAGAUCCGAGAUCAGCCAUCAGUCUAUCAGUCUUCUCAUGUGCAGGUGCCGUCUCCUACUGUCACCAACGGCAUGGGUAUCAUUGGUCAUGAAGCAAUCAAUCUAGGAAAAGAGCCAUCCCAGCUCCAGGAGGGAUGGAUUGACAUGAUGAGAUCUAGAGGAGGGACCAUUGGUUCUCUUUUCCAUGGUAGCUUCAAAGAUAACCGCGAUGGUGGCACCUCCAAUGUUAGCUUCAACGGUGAUGAGAUGAUUCCGAACUUCGAUUUGGACGAUGGUCUGGGUGUCCAUGGGAAGUCACUGAUGCAAGAUCUUUGA